AUGUCCGUUCCUAUGCGGUCUUCUCGACUUGUGCGUAGCACUCCGGUCUUAAGGCCCAAUCUCAUUGCCCGACCGCGCUACUCCGGAGCUCUUGGAGCGGCCGCCGCAACAAAUCUCCGAUUCAACGGAAGAGGCCUUCCAACCCACGUUUCAGCCCUUGCGAUCCUUGUCUUUCAACGCGGCUACGCUACAGAACAAUCCACUUCUACAUCUUCGUCGUCGAAUUUGCCGCCACCAGGGUUCAAUGCGGAGCAAGCCAAGAAGCCCAUCCCCGCCGACCAGGCGCCUCUAAGUGCUAAGGCGAAUCAACAGACCGGCGAGGCGCUUUCGGUGCCGGCGCAAAAUGUUGCGCAGAAGAACGGCAAGGAGAGCGAUUUGGUAUCAAAGCCGACCGCGGCGGGGGACAAGAAAGUCUCGGAGGAGCCGAAGAAGGAGGCGAAGAAAUUGACCCUUGGCCAGAAGAUCAAGAAGGAAAUUCAACAUUACUGGGAUGGCACAAAGCUUCUGGCUACCGAAGUGCGAAUCAGUUCAAGGCUUGCGCUGAAGAUGGCGGGUGGAUAUGAGCUCACCCGAAGAGAGCACAGACAGUUGAAACGAACCGUCAAAGAUCUUGGUCGCUUGAUCCCCUUUUCCAUGUUCAUCAUCAUUCCGUUCGCCGAGCUGCUGCUCCCAAUCGCACUCAAGUUGUUCCCCAACCUCCUACCUAGCACAUACGAAGGACAGAGCGCCCGUGAGAAGAAGGCGCUCGGGUUGAGCUCUACUAGAAAGGAAGUUUCCGCUUUCUUGAAGAAUACUCUGAAAGAGUCAGGCUUGCCGGUAACGGCCGCCACGGUCAAGAACGAGGAAUUUGCCGAAUUCUUCAAGAAGAUCAGAACCACUGGAGAAACUCCUUCCACUGAAGAUGUUAUCAAGGUCUGCAAGAUCUUCAAGGAUGACUUGACCCUGGAUAACCUGUCUCGCCCUCAACUGGUCGCUAUUUGCAAGUACAUGAACCUGAACACAUUCGGAACUGAUGCCAUGCUGCGAUACAACAUUCGCCACCGCAUGCGCCAGAUCAAGAGGGACGAUCGUGCUAUCUUCUACGAGGGAGUCGAUUCUCUCUCUGUUCCAGAGCUUCAGAUGGCUUGUGCGUCGCGAGGUAUCCGCACACAUGGCGUCUCUCCUGCCCGCCUGCGUGAGAACCUCACCCAGUGGCUUGACCUUCGAUUGAAGCAGGGUGUUCCCUCCACGCUCCUGGUCCUGAGCAAUGCAUACGUCUACGCUCAGGGCGGCAAAGAGGCGGAGAUGUCUUCUCAGAUUGAGGCCCUGCAGUCCGUCUUGUCGAGCAUUCCAGAGGAGCUUUUCCACGAAAUUGAACUCGAGGUCCACAACGCCGAGGGUGCCGCCACCAACAAGCAGCGCUUGGAGGUCAUUAAGGAGCAGCAGGAGCUUAUCGAAGAGGAGAACCAGCAAAAUAGCGAGAACGAGGAGAAGGGCGUCGCAGCCCCGAAGGACACUGAGGAUAUCGACGAAGACCACAAGUACGAGGCUUCUCAGUCCGGAGAGGCAUCCGAAGCCAUGGCGGACGGUGCCAAGGCCGAGAAGGCUCAGGCUGCAGAGCAAGCUCAGGAGAAGAAAUAG